GAGGCCAGACCUAACGAUAACGGCCAAGAACUACCCAACAACCCUAUUUCUCCACCGUCUCCACCUUUAAACCCUUUAUCACCGCCGUCCGGUAGCCAAGACUCUCCUCCAUUUUCAUCUCCAUUUCCUCCGGUUAUCUCGCUAAACCCUAAUCUCCCAAGAAACCCUUCACAACCUUUGGACUCACCUCCCGCAGGAGGAUCAAAUCGUGUGCCCUCCUCGUCCUCUUCUGUCCCCUCUCCUGCUUCCCUCUCCGGCUCAGACAACAACUCCGGAGGUUCUAAUAGACAUAAUGCAAAUAUUAGUGGAAAUGGUGGCAACAAUGAAACUAACUUCACCGAGAAGACAUUGAUCGGUGUUGGGAUCGCAGGUGUCUUGGUCAUUAUAAUCAUUGCUGCCAUCUUCUUCUUUAGAAGGAAACAAAAGAAAUCUUCUUCCCCUCGGUCUAACCAGCAGUAUUUGCCACCAGCUAAUGUCUCCGUUCAUACAGAGGGAUUCAUUAACUACAGGCAAAAACCUGGAAAUGGGACCAGCUCGGCGCAGAACUCUUCAACGAAUACUAACAACAGUUUAGGGAAUCAAAAACCAGGUCGAGCAACCCCUGACUCCGCAGUAAUAGGGACUUCAAAGAUUCCUUUCACCUUUGAGGAGCUAAGCGAGAUAACAGAGGGUUUUUGCAAGAGAUUUGUCAUAGGAGAAGGUGGGUUCGGGUGCGUCUACAAGGGUAUCCUUAGCGAGGGAAAGCCAAUCGCGAUUAAACAGCUAAAAUCCAUCAGCGCAGAAGGAUACAGAGAGUUCAAAGCUGAAGUAGAGAUCAUAAGCAGAGUGCAUCAUAGGCACUUGGUGUCUCUUGUGGGUUAUUGCAUCUGUGAGCAACAUAGGUUCCUUAUAUAUGAGUUUGUCCCCAACAAUACUUUGGACUACCAUUUACAUGGCAAAGACUUACCGGUUUUGGAAUGGACUAGAAGAGUGAAGAUUGCAAUAGGCGCAGCCAAAGGACUUGCUUAUCUACAUGAAGAUUGUCACCCGAAGAUCAUCCAUAGGGACAUCAAAUCGUCAAAUAUUCUAUUGGAUGAUGAAUUUGAAGCUCAGGUAGCAGAUUUUGGACUUGCCAGACUGAACGAUACUGCACAAUCCCACAUAUCGACACGUGUCAUGGGCACUUUUGGGUAUUUAGCGCCAGAAUAUGCAUCAAGCGGGAAACUAACGGACAGAUCAGAUGUGUUUUCAUUUGGAGUUGUGCUACUCGAACUCAUCACCGGCCGCAAACCUGUUGACACCUCUCAACCUCUGGGUGAAGAAAGUCUCGUUGAAUGGGCACGUCCGCGGCUAAUCGAGGCCAUUGAGAAAGGUGACAUCAGCGAAGUAGUGGAUCCACGGCUGGAGAAGCAUUACAUGGAAGAAGAAGUCUAUAGGAUGAUCGAGACGGCAGCUUCUUGUGUUAGGCAUUCAGCACUAAAACGACCUCGUAUGGUUCAGGUUGUAAGAGCUCUGGACACGAGAGACAACUUGUCGGAUCUUUCAAACGGAGUCAAAGUGGGUCAAAGUACGGUCUACAACUCUGGUCAAUACAGUAAUGAGAUUCGUAUGUUCAGAAGAGCCUCUGAAGAUUCAUCGGAUCUCGGUACUAGUAACGGCUACUACAACACAAGCCAAGACUACACGAGCCGUGAACUUGAGAGCCGAUCCUUCAACACAAGUCGCCAAACAAACCUGUGAAUCAAUUUAGCCGAGAAAGUUGUCUUG